CCCUUUGCUUGCAUUCUCAACCAUGUACAACUAAAAACCAAAUCAGAUAAGAAAAACCACAAACAACUGGCUCAAAAGAUGAACACCUCCUUUGUCCCAAAGGCUUUGCCUUCUCUUCCUCUUCUCCAUCGCAGAGCUCCUUUUAUCUCCACUAAAGCUUCAAGCCAGGAAAAAUCUCAUAAAUCAUCAAUCCCACAAUUAAAGGCAUCAAAAUGCAUCAAUUUGAAGGCUAUUGAAAGUUUGGCUUCUUCAAAAUCCUUAUUGGCCAUUCAAGUUGGCACACUUUUGGCCACCGUAGGUGCAGAGCCAGCUUUGGCAGUGACAGGCGUGAAUAAUGAAGAAGACUUGGUUUGGGUGUUGAUCCAAUUGGCCAUUUCUGCAUUCUUCUACUUCCUUGUUGCCCCACCUAUCAUAAUGACCUGGCUUAGGAAAAGGUGGUAUAAGAGGGACCUAUUGGAGAUGUAUUUGCAGUUUAUGUUUGUCUUCAUCUUCUUUCCAGGGGUUCUUCUAUGGGCACCAUUUCUGAACUUCAGAAAGUUUCCAAGAGAUCCAUCAAUGAAGUACCCAUGGUCUACGCCAGAAAAUCCAUCUCAAAUUAAGAAUGCAUACAGGAAGUAUCCAUGGGCCACUGAAGAAGACUAUGAAGUACAAUAAAUAUAGCUAUUAGAGAAGUCCAUAAACAAUCUCUUUGGUUCUUGUAAAUUUGAAUUUGUGUGAUGAUGAUUAAUCAUAUAUUCCAAAUAGUCAGUAGUCCAUUAUUGUGCUAUA